UAUAUCGGCGGCGCGUUGGGAUAUUAUAAUUAUUGCGUGUGGGUGCAGCAUGCAGGUCAGGUUCUACAACAUACAAGAGGAACACCAAUACAACCUACAUUUGUAAUGGAUAACUGGCACCCCAUGGCAGACGAUUAUGCAAAUCCUUCUUUUAACUCGUACAAUAAGGGUCCUGCUUCCGGCCUCAGAGGAAAUGGGGCAAGCCGCAAUGGACCUAGGAGACAUCGUUUGUUCGUAAAUGGUUUGCCCAAGGAAAUGACAACAAAAGGGCUGGAAAACUUAUUUUCCUCUGUAGCCACAGUGACAGACUGUUUCGUGAAACCUUCUGACAAACCUUAUACUUAUGGGUUUGUUAAUGUAGGUACGCCAAAGGAAGUAGAGAAUGCUAUAAGGAAACUUGACGGUCAUCGAAUUAAAGAUACAUGCAUCAAAGUAGCCGUGGCAAGAGAGGGUCCAUCCGAGCAUUUUAACAGAGAUGGUGGUAGGCCACCUUUCAGGCCAAGUCCUGGUGGUGAUGCGCGGGAGACGAUGAGACCUCAAUCCCAUUCAGCACCAUCCAGCAUGAACAAUGGUAUCCCUGUCAAUGGCUUCGCAAAGGGUGUGGAUGAUGAGGCUCCCCAGAGCAACAGGUCCCCUGCCCAACAGACCUCUCCAAUGAGCAGCAUGGUGACUGCAGGUUGUGAGGAAUGUCAACGACUGCUAAUGGCCCUGAUGACUCACAUGCAGCAGAACCAUAGCCAAGGUCAAAACCAAGGCGGCGGAAAGCAAGAGGCUGGUUCCAGAGUAUCUCGUGAUGUAACAUCCCCAGCCAAUGGCAGGUCCAGUAAUCUGCCUUACAAUGGUCCUGGAACCAGGAUUCAUCGGUCAGAUGAUGACGCAAACCAGAGGCAGGUCAACAGUCUCCCUACAAGGGGGAGGUCUCCAGCGGAAAGAAGUCAGGGCCAGAGCUUCCAAAGCCCUACAGGAAGUGCAUUCAGCAAGCCCAGUCCGACACAGACCAAAAAUCUUGAUGUGAAGAAGCCAACACCAGUGCCGAUGCCUAAGGAUCAGGAUGCUCAGAAUCAGAGUCCACCAAAGGUGAAGUCACCCAGAAGGGCGUCAGAAAGGAAGGCAGAAUCUGACUUGAAACCGUGUGAAGCAUGUGGGAAGUCAGGGUCUAAGCAUUGCUCUAAGUGUGGUGCUCCAUACUGCUCUGUUGUCUGCCAGAAGGGUGACUGGAAGAAACACAAGAACAAGUGCAAACCGAGCCAGUCCAGUGGCGAACAAAAGGACACAGGUGCGUCACUCCCUGCAUUGUCAUCUCUUAAUCUGAAGUAUGUUGAACCAUCAAAGAAAGAAAUGAGAGUGGUACUUACUCAUAAGAACAACCCUGGCUCAUUCUGGGUUCAAGUUGGCGAUGAGGAGAAUGUGAAGUUGUACAAUAAAAUGCUGGAACUCCUCAUGGAGCAAGUACAGGCUUCUGGACCUCUACAAGACCCCAAACCUGGGAAGAUGUGCAUAUCCAAGUAUGCCGUCGAUGAUUCAUGGUAUCGAGCAACCAUCCAGACAAUCAAUAAAGAACGUGUAGCCACUGUCUUCAUGUUGGACUUUGGUAACACCGAGGAGGUUCCCUUCAACGACCUUCGACCUGCAUUGCCAGAGAUAGUAGAAUUCCCAGUAUUUGGAUUGCACUGUGCUAUAGCUGAUAUAGAGCCAAGGGGUAGCUCAGGCAGGUGGUGCUAUGAUAGUGUGAAGCUGAUGGACAAACUGAUGGAGGAAUGUCCAUUACCCACAGUACGCUUUGAAGGAAAGAAAGCAGGCAUCCACCAAGUUGUUAUGAAAGUCGAGGAUAAGAAAUUAGGCACAGUGUCCGUUGGCGAUGCUUUGAUCAAACAGGAACUGGCAUGGCCCAAGGGUAGACAAGCAGCACCGCCACCCAGGAAAGUUCUAUUGAAGAGCUCUAUGAAGCGUCUGGAGAUGCCUUCCGGGGGAGAACCGGUUAGGAUUGCAAUCAACAACUAUGUGAACCCAAGGGAGAUGCAGUGCCAGGUUAUCACCCCUGAAAGUUUGAAGGCAAUAGAAGAGUUGUCAGGAGCAUUGAAUUCUUGCAUGGAGGGCAAGUCACAGCCACCUGGUUUCACCCCGAUGCUUGGUGAAGUUUGUGCCGGCAGGUUCACACAGGAUGACCAGUGGUAUAGGGUGAGCAUACAGUCUGCCAAGAUGGACGGAGGUUACUUUGUGGAGUACAUUGACUUUGGUAACACAGAGGUCCUUGAUCCAGCAAGAAUGUGCCCUCUACCAACCCAAUUCCACAACACACCCCAGCAAUCGUUUGUUGCUUCCUUCGCAGAUCUUCCUGCUGGUGAUAUCUCCCAGGACCUCUCCCAGGCAACCAUGCAGCGGCUCAGCCAGUGCAAAGAAGGAUUCUUUCUGGCAACUUUCACAGAGAAGGACGACACAAUCUUCGUGAACUUGCAGGAUCCAAACACAAAUGAGAACAUUGCUGAGGCAGUUGGGCUUGUCCAGCCAAAGGUCAAAGCUCCCAAGGUUUCAGACAUGACCUUCAGGACAUUGCCAUUGAACAAAGAUACAGAGUUUGUGAUUACCGAGGCGGUAUCACCUGGAGAGUUUUAUGGCUUCUCCCCGUCUGAUGCUGAAAGUUCCCAGAUUCUAGGAUUGGUUGGAGAAGGAGGAAAGGAGGUCAGUAGCCAGCCAGCUGUUCAAAAUUUCAGACCAGGAGUUGGGAAUGUGUGCUGGGCUCAAUUUUCGGAGGACAAGGACUGGUACCGUGCCGCCAUCCUGCAGGAGUUGCCCAACGACGAGUUUGAUGUCCAAUACAUCGACUACGGCAAUGGAGAGAAGGUUCACUUAUCUCUUAUGAGGCCAAUCAGUGAUGACAUAGUGGCUGUACCAGUACUUGGCAUCAGAUGCUGUAUUGCUGGACUUCCCAAUGACAAUGGACAAUGGAGCGAAGAGAUUAAUAACACCCUGAAAGAGAUGACUGGUGUUGGAAGCAAGAAGAUCAUCCUCAGAGCCAUUGAGCAUAGGAAGAAUGUGACAUAUGUAGGGCUUGAGGAUCCAGCUACAGGCCUGAACAUAUCCCAGGAAAUCAUCAACCUGGUGAAGGAAGCUUCAGGCGUUGAACCAUCUGUAGUCAGCGGACCAUCCUCUCUUUCUUCCCAUCCAUCCAUUGGGGAAUCCCCUAGAGGACACAGACAGCAGAAGCAGCCCAGUACACCAAACCAGCCGCGUAGUGCUCCGGUCAUCGCGCUCAGUCCAGAGCAGAUACAAACCAUGCAGGAGCAAAUGGCCAUGCUACAAGCCCAGCUCAAUAUGGCUAAGGGCAUGUCCGCAUAAGGACACGUGUAUGUGAAGUCUAGUCAACCCAUAGGUACUAUGCUGUCAAGUUGAUCUCUUGAAUUUCUCAAGGUCACAGGCCAAGCAAGAUUAUGGUUUCUAAGUUAAUAGUAAAGUCUGAGUGUUAACCUUUGUCCAGAGAAGAUUGGUAGAAACGUACAGAUUGCUCCAGUUUCUUAGCAUGCAAAGAUUUUUUUUUUUUGUAAUGAAGCUGCUCGUUUUUAUUUUACCCUACAAGAGAGGUUGAAAAUCUUAUCCUGCAUGCUUUUCUCAAUAAAUUUGUCAGAUAAGCAUAGUUACCAGUUUGUGACUGUGGCCUCAGAAGUUAAGCAUCAAUCAUGUGUUAUGUUGCAGUCAGAGGUCACAUGGUAAGGUCAAAGGUCAUUUUCAGGUCAACAUUAAAGUUUACGUGCAAGGCUCUUAUGA